UACUUUCAAGACACAGAGGAGUUGGCAAUAUACUUAUCUGCCAUGUUCCAGGCGGCGUUUCCAGAAUUUUACUUUAAAUACCAAAGAGCGUUUAACGCUGGUAAGUGGACGGUGGUGGAUCCAGGACCCUUCUUGGGCAGAGUGAUAGUUUGGAAGUUACACGUGUGCCCGCACCAGGAUGGGUUGGAUGAGGGGCCCGCAGUAAUUUUCCCCAUGGGGCAUUUCUCUGGGGGAGAGUGCUACCUACCGGACCUCAAGAUCAAGUUGACAUACCGCCCCGGAGAGGUCAUUAUUCUGAUGGCAGGUGCGUUAUACCACGCCAUUGGAAAAUGGAGCCCUGAGGGCGGAGUGUCUGAAGAGGGGAUCACACCGGGGCGGGUGGGCAACGUAUGGUUCUUUCCGCACUCAUCAUACGAGGUACUGAAAGAUAAACCUGCUGGAUGGGCUAUGGACCAAGCAGGAGGUAAA